AUGGUCAUUGAGACGGACGUUAACGUGCUGCCGAGCCGGUAUAUAUCUGAUGUGAAGGAAUUUCAGGUUCCAGAGAAGAAGCCGAAAAUGGAAGAGGUUUUGGAUUACGUCUAUGAAGAAAGCAAGCGACUUAUGGAGCUUUCAACGUUAUCUGCACGACCUGUUCGUCGGAUAACGCUUACCCGCAGCGAACCGACCAAUGUAUUUCGUGGUGGAGUCCAGCAACUCAUCAUCGAUAUGCUCGAGCACAAUGUGCGUCUAUCGCGUACAAUUCGACGAAAUGCCUCAACAAGUGCACGCGUGCGACAUUGUGAGAUCGAGGGUGAACCUUCUGCACCGCGCGUCAAACCGGCUGAUGACAGUGCUCCAGAACUCUUGGAUUCGUUUCUGGCAACUGCAACGCAGAGUGAAUGUGCUGCAGAACAGAGAGUGUGGCGUCUGUGUCAAGCACUGUUUCCAUCUGACAAAUCUGGGCACUGGCAUUGGCAGCGUGCAUACGAUGUUGGCGAUUGGCUUCGUGAUGAAGUAGCUACUCUCCCGACGAACAAGGCCGUUGGAAAAUCAGCUGGUAGGAUCGUGCCAUAUUAUUUGGUCUCACAUAUUCGCAGCCCUAAUAUCUGUAAUUUUUCGAGUCAGUGUAGCACUAACAGUACGGUUGGAGCAAUGUUUCUUUUAGCUUCACAAGUCUGGGCUCGGAUGUGUGCUGGUGAUGGCGAAGAGGCUAUGAGGAUCGCUAGCGACAGUGAAAUGACGAUGUUAGCACUGAUGAUACCGACAGCACUUUCGGCUGAGGAAACUGGACGAGGGGACUGCGCCAUGAUGGCAUUUGGUAUUCACUUGUGGUGGAUUAACUGUGGAGGACUUCUUGAAGACGCAAUUGAUUCGUUCAGCGAAGACGUCGCUGCUGGAAGAGCUGCGUCGCCGGAAUCGCACGUUUAUGAGCAGGCCCAAGGAGACUAUGAGAUGGCUUGUUCACACGCGUUGAGCGCCGGUGACUAUGCAGCUGCAUUACGGUUAUUCGCUGAGGAAGUCGCGCCAAAUGCAAUCGCCAUGGGUGACUUGCACAAACUUCGUCCUUUAGCCGAACGAAUGGAAAAAGCAGCUGAUAAAAUAACGGGUUGGGGCGCUGUCGGGCAGAUUUAUGCGGAUUACUGCAUAUUGAAAACAAUGGAUGACGAAGAGGAUACCGAAGAGAAUGAGGAAAAACUUCAUCAGCUCGUGGAUUCAAUAUUUACGCGUAUUAAUGCACCGGUAUUCAAAACUCCUAUUCAACGGUUAUGCAUGAGGACGAUGGCUCGUGAAUUGUUCGAAAUUAAACGAUUGGCCGGACAAAUGGAUUUUAACCCUGCCGUUAAGCGCAUGUCAAUGGAAAGGUUGAUUCAGUAG